GCAGGGGCCGGGGCCGGGCUGGGGCUGGGAUUGAGGGUGGUGGGCUAAGGGUGACGGCCGCGGGUUCCCCCGCCGGUUCCCCGCCGGUUUCUCCGCCCGGCACUCGGGAGCGAUGCUGCGGUGGGCGCUGCGGGCUGUGAGCUGCGGCCUCUCCGCUGCCGGGAGCGCGGCGUGCGGCGGGCCCUGGCGCCGGCUGCGCAACGUUGGCUCCAUGGCGCAGGCCCCGGGCUUGGCGGCCGCCCAGGCGAAGCGGCUGAGGAGCAGCAGCGAGGCGGCGGCGCGGCCGGCGGAGAACGGGCAUCGGGACAAGCGGCUGAAGGGCGGUGCGGACAGGGAAGGUGCGGAGGACCCGAAUAAAAAGUCACCCAAAAGGAAGAUCGUGCUGUUGAUGGCGUAUUCCGGGAAAGGCUACCACGGCAUGCAGAGAAAUGUGGGAUCUUCACAGUUCAGGACAAUUGAAGAUGACUUAGUAUCUGCCCUUGUUCAGUCAGGCUGCAUCCCGGAAAACCACGGGGAAGAUAUGAAGAAGAUGUCUUUUCAGCGGUGCGCUCGAACGGAUAAGGGGGUGUCUGCAGCUGGACAGAUUGUGUCGCUAAAGGUCAGGCUAAUAGAUGACAUCUUAGAAAAGAUCAAUAACCAUCUUCCUUCUCACAUCAGAAUUCUGGGUCUGAAGAGAGUGACGGGGGGAUUCAACUCCAAGAACAAAUGUGAUGCCAGAACGUACUCUUACAUGCUGCCAACGUUUGCCUUUGCCCAUAAAGACCAUGAUGUGCAAGAAGAGGUUUAUCGACUGGACAAAGAGACUCUUGAAAAAGUCAAUAAACUGCUUGCAUGCUAUAAAGGAACGCAUAACUUCCAUAACUUCACAUCUCAGAAGGGACCCAGGGACCCCAGUGCCAAGCGGUACAUAAUGGAGAUGUACUGUGGGGAGCCGUUUGUGAGGGAAAAUGUAGAAUUUGCAGUGAUCAAAGUGAAAGGUCAGAGUUUCAUGAUGCACCAAAUAAGGAAGAUGAUUGGGCUGGUGAUAGCUAUUGUGAAAGGUUAUGCCGCCGAGUCUAUCAUAGAGCGCAGCUGGGGAGAGGAGAAAGUAGAUGUCCCCAAAGCCCCAGGACUUGGGCUGGUCUUGGAAAGAGUACACUUUGAAAAAUACAACAGGCGUUUUGGAAAUGAUGGACUGCAUGAGCCACUGGAGUGGACAGAGGAGGAGGAGAAGAUUGCUCUUUUCAAAGAGCAGUAUAUCUAUCCUACCAUUAUCAACACAGAAAGGGAGGAGAAAUCCAUGGCAAACUGGCUAAACACCCUCCCCAUUCAUGACUUCAACUCUUCUGCUGUUGGGAUGCAAGCUGACAACAAAAGUUCAAAGAACAGCAGCGAUCUGGAAGGCAGUGAUGGUUGUGAUGAUGAUUCCGACUGAGCCAGUAAGUGGCUGGACGUGGGGCCCUUGCUGCCUGCAGUUCCCUUUGUCUACAAAAAAGUGGCCUUUCUAAAUCCAGGAAUACAGUAAAUGGGUUUGUGUGCUUGCAGAACAUGAACUGGAUGCCCAGGAGAAACUGGGUGGGGAAGAUGCUGCAGCAGAAAACGUAAAAGAAGCUUUUUAUACUACUGACUCAUUCACCUGACUGAUAUACUUGAACACAGUGUAAUGAGAAAGAAGCUUUCUAAAAGAAUCUUGUAAUGCAGGAUAUCUUAAUUGCUAUGUGAAUAACAUUUUUAUUACAUGUUUACCUGGGAAAUAGUAUUUUAAAUAUGUAUGAUCUCUACAUAAAGAUGGGGCAAAUAAUUUUAAUACACUCUUUUAUUAUAUUAUUAUGAA